CGCGAAAUCUGCUGGUCUUUACAGAAGAACCAUACCGAACUGUUGGAAAUUUUCAAGCACAUUUUCGGCAAGAAAAGCAGAAUUUUCAACACCAAAAUGGACACAGACGUGGACCAACAUUUGCGUGACGUCCAGAGAGAGUAUCUGGACUUUCUAGAUGAUGCGGAGACAGAUGGGACCUACACAGACAAGGUUCGUGAGAUGGUGACCAACAACGACUUCCGCCUCGUUGUCAACAUCAACGAACUCAGGAAGAAGAACGAGAAACGCGCCAACGCCUUGCUGUCUGCCGGCUGUGAGGAGUUGGUGUGUUUCCAGAAGGCACUGAAGGAUUUUGUGGCCACGGCAGACACGGCCUACGCCAAACAACACGAGGAGUUCUUUGUGGGGUUUGAAGGAAGUUUUGGCGCCAAACAUGUGACCCCACGAACCCUGACCUCAUCUUACCUCGGAAACCUGGUGUGUGUGGAGGGGAUCGUCACAAAGUGUUCCCUGGUGCGUACCAAAGUAGUUCGCAGUGUUCACUACUGCCCAGCUACCAAGAAGACCAUUGAACGUCGCUACACGGACCUCACCUCACUCGAUGCCUUUCCCUCGAGUGCUGUCUACCCAACUAAGGAUGAGGAUAACAACCCACUUGAGACAGAAUUCGGCCUGUCUGCUUACAAAGACCACCAGACAUUCACCAUACAGGAAAUGCCAGAGAAAGCCCCAGCAGGCCAGCUCCCGCGGUCAGUGGAUAUCGUAGCUGACGAUGAUCUUGUCGACGCGUGCAAACCCGGGGACCGUGUGCAGGUCAUCGGGCUCUACCGCUGUCUGCCCUCCAAGAAGGGAGGGUUCACUUCUGGUACCUUCAGAACCAUCAUGAUCGCAAACAACAUCAAGCUGAUGAGUAAGGAAGUCGCUCCAUCUUUCUCUGCAGAUGACGUCGCAAAGAUCAAGAAGUUCAGCAAGACAAAGAAGGAUGUGUUUGAGAUCCUGGCCAAGUCCAUGGCUCCCACCAUCCACGGCCAUGAGUACAUAAAGAAAGCCGUCCUGUGUAUGUUACUGGGAGGGUGUGAGAAGGUUCUGUCUAACGGUACACGGCUUAGGGGAGACAUCAACGUACUGCUUAUCGGUGACCCGUCCACUGCAAAGUCCCAGAUGCUGCGUUACGUGCUGCACACGGCUCCGCGCGCCAUUCCGACUACCGGCCGCGGCUCGUCUGGUGUGGGUCUGACCGCUGCCGUCACCACUGACCAGGAAACAGGUGAGCGACGUUUGGAGGCAGGAGCUAUGGUGCUGGCUGACCGAGGAGUGGUCUGUAUCGAUGAGUUUGACAAGAUGACAGACAUGGACCGUACAGCCAUCCACGAGGUUAUGGAACAGGGUCGUGUGACCAUCGCCAAGGCGGGAAUCCACGCGAAGCUCAAUGCUCGCUGCUCUGUACUGGCCGCUGCCAACCCCGUGUACGGAAGGUAUGACCAGUACAAGACCCCGAUGGACAACAUUGGGAUGCAGGAUUCUCUACUGUCACGUUUUGAUCUGCUGUUUAUUGUUCUGGACAAGAUGGAUCCAGAACAUGAUCGUAUGAUCUCAGAUCACGUCCUGCGGAUCCACCGCUACAGAUCCCCGGGGGAGCAGGAUGGAGAUGUUCUGCCAAUGGGCAGUGACGUGGACGUGCUGACCACAGCUGACCUGGAUGCAGCUGAUGAGGAGGAGAAGGAGAUGUCCAUCUAUGAGAAACACGACAACACGCUGCACGGCCAGAAAAAGGACAAGAAAGAGAAGAUCGUGAGCAUGCAGUUCAUGAGGAAGUAUAUCCACGUAGCGAAGGCCCUGCGACCUGUGUUGACCCGUGAGGCGUCAGACUGUAUCGCUGAUGAGUACUCCAAACUCAGGAGUCAGGAGAAUCUGGCAAGCGAUGUGGCUAGGACCCAGCCAGUGACAGCCCGUAGUCUGGAGACAAUGAUCCGUCUGGCGUCGGCCCACGCGAAGGCUCGCAUGAGCAAAACUAUCACACGGGAGGACGCUGAGGCAGCUAUCGAAAUGAUACAGUUUGCCAUCUUUCACAAGGUCUUGGAAAAGGCUAAGAAGAAGCGCCAGCGAGAGGCUGACUCAGAAGAUGAUGAUGAGGAGGAGGAAGAACAGCCUGCCAAGAGGAGGAAGGAGCGCCCUCCCCGUAACCCUGACGACCCGUAUGACUAUGAUGAUGAUGAUGAAAAUGUACCAGACAUCGGACGUCGCAGAGAGAAACAGAAACAGAAGGACGCAGACGUGUCCAUGGACACAUCAACAUCACAGGGGGCUGCAAAGGACGGGGUGUCUGAAGACAGACUUCAGAUGUUCAAGAAGUCACUCCUGGCUGUCUUCAAGAAAGAACACGCGGAAUCCUUGCCCCUUAAGAGGGUGACAGAAGCAGUCAACGGUGACCAUCCCGACGAUCCGUUCUCGGAAACCGAGAUACGCAGCGCGGUGGACAAGAUGAUGGACAGCAACCAAGUCAUGCUGUCAGACGAGACCAUCUUCCUCAUUUAAAUAUUCAGGACAGAACACUUGUACUCAUUUGAAUAUUUGUGACAUUGGACAUGAUUACUAAAACUUUUAAGUGUUCACUGGUCAAAAUUACAUGUAUGUGCAGAGACAUUGCCUUUUUUUUGCAUGUAUGACAAAAAAUUGUGCAUGGAAAUUGUAAAAUGGAAAAACAGAAUUAUA